GUCAGAGCUGUCAAAGGUCACUUUACCAAUUGUCAGUUGAGUUUUCUAAAUGAGUUGUGCAGGCGGUUUUUAACGAAUUUAUUUUUUAAAUUAAAUAUGGAUUUGAUUAAGCAGGCCUCCAGUUUAAUCCUGUCGCCUCAGUGCGUGGAUGAGUACUUUGUGAAUUUCAAUUUCUUUGAUGUGCCAUGCUUCAAAUCGACGCUAAGCAAAUGCCUGGGUUUAGGCAUAAUCCUUGGAUCAAUUCUGGUGAAACUCCCCCAGAUCAUGAAGAUUAUGAAGAAUAAGAGUGGAGAAGGCAUCAGCCUGAUCAGUGUAAUGCUGGAUUUAAGUGCAAUUACCAUUUACUCUUCCUACAGCUUCCUGAAGGGAUUCCCAUUCAGCGCUUGGGGUGAUAGUGCCUUCCUUGGAGUGCAAACAGCCAUCAUUGGUUUCUUGGUGUUUUGGUUCUCUAAUCAGAAGAGCAAGUCAAUUCUUUUCAUGACUGUUUAUUGUGUUGUUUCUUACAUUCUUAUGAGUGGUUUAACUCCAAUCAACACUUUGUGGACGAUGCAAGGAUUCAACAUUCCAAUCUUGUUAACUGGAAAAUUAGCUCAAGCAUACACAAACUACAAGAAUGGUCAUACUGGACAAUUGUCAGCUGUCACUGUUAUUAUGUUGUUUGCUGGUUCAGUUGCUAGGAUAUUCACUUCUAUCCAAGAAACUGGUGAUAGCAUGGUCAUCAUUACAUAUCUGGCGUCAUCAUCUGCAAAUGCUGUGAUCUUGAUGCAACUAAUGUACUACUGGAAUGUGGAUAUUACUAAAACCAAAAAGCAGAAGAGCAAGAAGAAGAAGCAAUAAGCAUUAUAAUAAUUGUAUUAAAACUAAUAUCAGAAAUGUGUGUUUUUUAUAAGAAUACUUUAGCCAAAGGUAAUAAUAAACGGUUUUUGAAUUUGUCUAUAAA